AUGGAACACGCCAUGGAGUCCUCCGGCAAGGGCGCCAUGAGCGCCACCCUGCUGAGCCUCUUCGGCGGCAUGUCGACAGCAUCCGAUAAACACUCAGCACCCGCUGCCUACGACGACGAUGACAACGACGACGACUCCAAAAUCUCAUGGCUCCGUUCCCAGCUGAUCGGCAAGGACGCCGAGUUCACCACCCCCUUCGGCCGGCGUCUCCUAACCUACGCCGACCAGACGGCCUCAGGCCGCAGCCUCCAUUACAUCGAGGACUACCUCAUAAACGAAGUGCUCCCGUUCUACGGGAACACGCACACGGAGGACAGCCACGUGGGGAGCAAGACGACGCGCCUGGUCAGCAAGGCCGCCCGCUACGUCAAGCGCUGCACGGGCGCGGGGCCCGGGGACGCGCUCAUCUUCUCCGGCGCCGGCUCCACCGCCGCCAUCAAGCGCCUCCAGGAGAUCAUCGGCGUCGCCCUGCCCUCCGUCGAGAUGCGCGAGAGGGUCAGGGCCGGGAUGCGGGAAGAAGAGAGGUGGGUGGUCUUUGUUGGGCCGUAUGAGCACCACUCGAACUUGCUGUCGUGGCGGCAGAGCCUGGCCCAGGUUGUGGAGAUCGGCGUUGAUAAGGAUGGGCUCGUCGAUGUCGGCGCGCUGCGGCGGGCCUUGGGCUCGCAGGAGUAUGCGAACCGGCCCAUGCUGGGGUCUUUCUCGGCGUGUAGUAAUGUUACCGGGAUUUUGACGGACACCCGGGAGCUCGCCCGGGUUCUGCAUCGGCAUGGGGCGUUUGCUUGCUUCGACUUCGCUGCCAGUGGUCCAUAUGUCAAGAUUGACAUGAAGUCCGGCGAAAUCGAAGGCUAUGACGCCGUCUUCUUGAGCCCACACAAGUUCGUUGGUGGGCCGAGCACUCCAGGCAUCCUCCUGAUGAACAAAUCGCUGUACAAGCUCAGCUCCCAGCCGCCAUCGACAUGCGGGGGAGGCACCGUGUCCUAUGUCAACGGCUUCAACGAGGAUGAUACGUUGUACUACGACGACAUCGAGGAGCGGGAGGACGCCGGCACGCCGCCGAUCGUCCAAAAGAUCCGGGCGUCCCUCGCGUUCUGGGUCAAGGAGCACGUCGGGUACGACACCAUGGGGCUCCGGGAGCGGGUCUACUCUGAAAUGGCCAUGAAAAGGCUUCUCCAGAACCCAAAUGUCAGGGUGCUGGGAAACACGAGCGUCGAACGCUUACCCAUCUUCUCGUUCCUCAUCUACCCCGCGGUGCCGGAUUCGCUGUUCCAUGGCUUUGAUCAUGAGUCUUGUGGUUAUGAUGAACUGCUGGAGAAUGCCAGGCGCAAGCAGCAGCUGCCCCUCCAUGGCCGUUUUGUCACCAGGCUUCUGAACGAUCUUUUCGGCAUCCAAGCCAGGGGCGGCUGUGCUUGCGCAGGGCCCUAUGGUCAUCUUUUGCUUGAUGUCAGCAAAGAGCUCUCCCUCCGUCUCCGGUCUGCUAUUCUCCAGGGGUAUAGGGGACUGAAGCCAGGAUGGACAAGGCUGAGCUUUUCUUACUACCUCUCCAAGGACGAGUUCAAGUUUAUCCUCUCCGCCAUCGAGUUCAUAGCGGCGUACGGCCACCGGUUCCUGCCAUUGUACAGAUUUGACUGGAUCACUGGUGACUGGACCUUCCGUAAACAGGCGAUUAAGUACCAUAUCAUGAAGGAGGAGCUAUCUCUUGGCGCGGAACCACUGAAGCGUCAGGAUGGCCUGGCAAAGGUCGCAGAUAAAUUUGAGAAGUUUGAGGGCAAUCAUAAAAGGUUUGGGAGCUACUUGGAAAUUGCAAAGAAAAUUGCACUCUCCUUGCCAGACAUCAAGCAGCAGAUUGUCAGCGUCCCCAAAGGAGUAGACCCUGAUUUGGUUCUUUUCCAUUUCUGA